AUGGACAGUCGACGUCGGUCAGACACGAGUACUCCCGUGGAGGGUGAUUCUCCAGACUUUGUGGACACUCCAGCAACACAGACUUCGGACCUUUUCGACCAUUUUAAUGAGCUGUUGCAGAGACUCCCCAUCGAAAGCCCGUACAUUUUGGUGACGGGUGGGUUAGGCUUCAUUGGUAGCCACACCACAUUGGAAUUGCUCAAGGCCAAUUAUAAUGUGAUUGUCAUCGACAACCUGAGUAACGCAUUUGAGAAUGUUCUCGACCGCAUUGAACUCCUUGCCCGCAAGUUCCACGAGAAGAACGGAACCGAAAUGCCAUCAUUGCGGUUGCAUGCUCAUGAUUUUCGAGACACAUCGGCUCUUCAGUCGCUUCUAGAAGAAUACCAAGUUCCAUCAAGAUGGGGUAUGGCGAAGUCGAAGAUUGCAGGCGUGAUUCACUUUGCCGCGUACAAGGCCGUCGGGGAGAGUAUCCAGAAUCCAUUGAAGUAUUAUGCCAACAACGUGGGUGGCCUGAUUGACUUUGCAACAAUGCUUGGGGAUUUCGGUAUCAAGACAUUCGUAUUCUCCUCUUCUGCUACUGUGUAUGGCACUCUGGCCACUUCUGGUCUGCCGUUGAAGGAGGAGCUCUGUGUUCACAAGGAACAGAUAUAUACCGACAAUACAGGGGCAGCACAAACUCUUCAACCCGGAUGCACUGGCAUCACCAACCCAUAUGGACGCACCAAGUGGAUCGGUGAAGCCAUCCUAGCAGAUCUUGCUGCUUCGGAUCCAGAAUGGACCGUUGUCGCUCUUCGGUAUUUCAAUCCCGUUGGGUGUGACUCGUCCGGCCUGUUGGGCGAAGACCCCCGGCAAAUCCCAACAAAUCUUCUCCCCGUGGUUGUCAAAGUAAUGACUGGCCAGUAUGCGGAGUUGUCAAUCUUCGGGACCGACUGGGAGACCAAAGAUGGCACAGCUGUCCGAGAUUUCAUCCACGUCACUGAUCUGGCCCAGGGCCACAUUGCAGCCCUCAAAGCCGCCAAUGAUGGCCAGCUGAGUGAUAAUUUCCGCACCUUCAACCUGGGCACUGGAUCAGGACACUCUGUGCUGGAAGUGGCCAACACCAUGGAAGCCGUCACCUCCAAGCCUAUCCCCAGGAGAGCUGCGGGUCGUCGUGCUGGUGAUGUGGGAUCCUGUGUCGCUGUUGUCGAUCGGUCUCAAGAUGAGCUUCAGUGGAAAACAGGGAAGUCACUGAAAGAUGCUUGUCAGGAUAUUUGCAAUUUCUUGGAUGUCAGCGGCCUUUCUUCAUAG